AUGUUCACUGCCACUCAGUCCGCCACUCAAUGGCUCUUCCCCAUUUCUGCCUUGGAAAAUACGCCGACGGGCUGGACGCUGCAAAAGGAACUUUAUGACCGAGCGAGAGGGGUCGAAUUCCUGUUCCGUCUGGGCUCAUCUCUGCAACUCCCUACUUCUGCUAUGUUGACGGCAGCAACGUGGUUCCACCGAUUCUACAUGAGAUUCUCUAUGGAGCACUACCAUCGCCAAGAAGUUGCUGCUGCGUGCAUAUUCCUGGCUACCAAGACCGAAGAGUGUGGCAGGAAGCUCAGAGACGUCGCAAAGAUUUACUGCUCCAAGGUCAGCAACAUACCAGUUUUGAAUGUACCCAGCGACAGUAAGGAGGUUGAGCAAUGCCAGACGGGCAUCCUGCUCACAGAGGAGGCCCUUCUGGAGGCCCUUUGCUUUGACUUUCUCGUGAUCAGCCCCCAUGCCGAUCUCGUUGAUCUUUUCGAUACUUGCCAAGAUGACGAUCCAGUUUGUGAGUACGCCUGGAGUAUCGCCCACGACUCGUAUCGCACACCCUUGUGUGUUUUAUACCCUCCAAAUAUCAUCGCCGCGGCUUGCUUUAUUUUGGCGCAAUACUAUAUUGACGGCCCGAACUCAAUAUCUUUAGACGCCCGUGUUUCGCUGCCAGCACCCUCUGCAUCCCUUCCAACACCGCCCUCAUAUAAAUCAGCAUCGCCUGUUACUUCUCGGUCUGCCAUCGACUUUUUUGGGUUCAACGAAGGACAACUGCGCUGUGUUGCAGAUGCACUAAGUAUACUCGUUGAAUUCUACUCCGCUCAGGACGUAGAAAUUGCACACCCAUACUUAGCAGUAAUGACUGCAAUUCCUCCUCCUUCCUCGACCACACAGCGUCCUCGCUUCUUUGUGCCGGCAGCCCACCUCUCUCAGCUAAAUGCCACCGCGGAAUCUCAGACAUCGGAAGAAACACACGGGAGAACUCCCAUUUCUUCUGAUGGAGGCAACACGCCGUCGCACAUGGCCCCUGAUGGGAGAACUGCAGACAAACCGGGACCCCGCGUUGUUUCCAGGCUCAAUGUCGUUUGA